GACCAAUGAAACGCCUUGAACCGUGGGAGCUGUAGUUUCCCAGCAGCGCCUGAAGGCAGCAUGACUGGCUGCGCGUGCCGCCUGGGCCUGGGCUCCACUUCCUGCUGCACGAACUUUGCUGAACACAACCCAGCGGGAGCUCCGUCCAGAACCAGCCCUCAGCGGAUGACCACAGAGCCGUGAGUGUUUCCCCGUCCUGUAGCCGUGAAGCGAGCCUGAGUUCGGUUAGCUCACUGAUACCAGGAUCAGCUCCGGUCCAGAUCCCUGCAGCGGCUCCACGCGCUGACACGAGCCGCUGACGCGUCGCUCCGCUGUCGGUUAGCAGAGACGGACCGUGAAGCAGCGCAGCACCGACGGAUUAGCAUAGCAUGGAGGACGCGGAAGUUGUGUGUAAACACGUCUUUACGUGAAGGUCGAGCCCAGCACUCAGCGUGACACCGGAACCGGAGGGAGUCCUGCUAGCAUCGGUGGCGCGUGAAUAUGAUAAAAGUUUGAGAGUUUACUGCACGAGCUUUCAAACCGAGGGGGGCGGGGCGUGACGUCACUGCUAACAGACAGCAGCAGACGUUAGACCGCAGAGUCCUCACCUGUUACAGGUGCAGAACCGGUCAUGACACAACAGGAGCAGCAGGAGUUCACGGAGAGCCUGGAGGCAGCCCUCUCCUGGAUGCGGGCCGUCCAGGAGAGGCUGAAGGCCAACGACAACACCCAGGGACCCCGUGACGCCCUGGAGGCCAGGCUCAGGGAGACGGAGAAAAUCCAUCAGUCGGAGCAUGAAGGCCGUGUGAAGAUGGACAUGGUGCUGGUGUCGGCCGAGAACCUUCUGCAAAGCGGAGACGAGGAGCUGCGGAACCAAACCCACGCUAAGCUCAAAGACCUGAAGAGCCUGUGGGAGGAGACCUCCACCUAUAUCAUCCACUGCCACAGUCGCAUCGAGUGGGUGUGGCUGCACUGGAGCGAGUACCUGAAAGCCUACGAGGAGUUCGAGCUGUGGCUGACCAAGCAGCAGCGCAGCCUGGAUGUCGGCGUGGAGCUCCAAGUGGGAGUGAAAGAGAAGCUGUGGCAGGUGGACCAGCAGAGGGUGGUGGUGAGCGACAUCCACGCCCAGGCAGCGCUGCUGGAGAGGCUGCUGGACGAGGCCGCGGCGCUGCACAACAGAACCCAGGACCCCAGUGUGGACCCACAGGCCCAGGAGAGGAUGCAGGAGGCCUACAAUGACGUCAGAGACAGAGCUGAGGAGCAUCUGUCAGUGCUUCAGAAGAUUGCUGAGGAGCACCAGAUGCACCAAGCCUGCGUGCAGAAGUUCCAGUCCUGGCUGCUUUCAAAAACCAAGGAGCUGACCGACCUGAUGGAGAGAGAGGACACGGCCGAGGACAAGCUCAAAGCCUUACAGGCUCUGGAUGACAGCGUGGCCUGUGAGGAGAAGACCCUGCAGCACAUCGAAGGCGUAGCAGAAUCGGUCAGGGCCAACACCUCUCCAGCAGGGGCAGAGGUGGUGGUGGAGGAGGCUGAGGAGCUGAGGCUGGGCUGGCAGAGGCUGAGGCAGGGCCUGUGUGAGGCCGGGGAGGGUCUGCGCUCCAGCCUGGACUCCCACAGCCAGUACAUGGCCCGGUGCCAGCGGCUGGGAGAAGACCUGACUCGCCUCAGGCUGCUGCUGCAAGGCCUGGACCAGGAGCUAGAGGAGACCCACAAAUCCAAGGACCUCACCGACCACACAGAAGAACAGAUGGUGGGCCAGUGGAGGAAGUACACGGGUGUGAGGAACACUCUGGCAGGGGAGGAAUCCCAGGUGGAGCUCCUCAAGGCUCAGCUCAAGGAACUCUUCAGGUUCUCAGAGGACUCACGCCACCUUUCUGAUGACGUCCUAGCUGUUGUAAAAGAGCAUCAAAGCGUGAAAUGCCGAGCGACGAGACUGUGUUCGGAGUCGGAGUCAGGCCUGAGGAGCAUCCUUCAAGACCCCCUGCUGGUCUAUGCCCAGUGGAGCCACAUGGUCUCGCAGGUGUUGGAGGCUUCUGCUGAUGUGACCGACUUCUCCCACAUCGCCAUGUUGGUCCAGAGCAUAGAGCGUCUGCUGAAGGACAGCACCCAGCUGCAGGAGCGUUUCAGUUUGCUGCAGGUGAAGGGGGACCUGCUGGACUCUGUGUUCGGUCUGGAUAGGUCUGAUGGUCUGCAGGGCGAGCUGAGCGCUGCCAUCAGGAACAGAGAGCUGCUGCACUCUCAGCUGCUGCAGAGGAAGAGCCGGCUGCAGGGCUUGAUUUCAAGAACCAAGGACUUUGGUGACACCUACGAGUCGAUCCAGUCCAAGCUGUCCAGUCUGAGGGACCGACUGGUGGCAGCUGAUGGCCUCCAGCCCGACAUCCUGGCCAAAAAGAGCCAGUCAGACCAGUUCAGGGUGAUCCAGAAGGACCUGGAGGACUGCGAAGGCCACAUCGUGGUGCUAGAAACUCUGGUCUCCUCCAGUCAGAGCAACAGGACUCGCUUUGAGAAGCUCUAUGGUGAAUGGAGACAUCUGCACAAGGCAGUCCAGGCAAAAGUGAACGAGAGUGAGGAGAACAUCGCAGACCACGAGAGCUUCCACGAGAGCCUGCUCAACAUAGAGAAGUGGCUGAUGAUCAUGAAGCAGAAGCUGGAGUCCUUCCACAGCCCCUCAGGAGAGUGCAGCAUCGAAGGCCGGCAGCACGAAGCCGAGAGAGUUCUCGGAGAGUUCCCAGGGAAGGACCUUCAGCUGCAGCAAAUGGAGGUCCAGGGUCAGGGAGUUCUGGAGAGGACGUCAGAGGAGGGACAAGUCCACAUUCUACGGGACUUGAAGCGCUUAAAGGACUCGUGGCUGGCCCUGUACAACAUGAGUCUCAGUCUUCACAGCUUGCUCAGCAGCUCCUCAGUGCACACAGAGUCUGACGUCCCAUCAGCACAUGGAGUCCCGUCGAGCUCUGCACGAGGAGGAAGCCUGGAGGGACGGGCAGAGGAGGGCGCAUGGGUCCAGGCCCAUGGCGAAGGUCUCCCCCUACUGGCUGUAAAAGGCAACAAGCAUCUCCUUUCAUCGCCAGCAGUCACGGACAGUGGACACUCGCUUGGAGGAGAUGAAGUAGAUUCCUCUGCUUGGAGCGUCCGAAGCAAAGCAGGGAGCCAGGGCAUGUCCACAGGCUCUGCUCCUGGAAGGCCUGACAGGGACAGGUCAGCAGGGGGCGACACUGGUGCUGAAGCAGCAUCGUCCAUACAGACCAGCUAUGAUGAGGGGGCAAGAAUCAGCACAGAGGCAGGAGAAGGGAUGAGCUCGAGAGGAGGAGCGUUUCUACUCGUCAGCAAGGAUUCAGCCGAGAUGCCGUCAACAGCACGAGUUCAACGCAUCACGGGACCCAGAGGACACAGCAGAUCCCGGAGAGCAGAGUUCGAGGCGUGGCUGUCCAAACAGAACCAAGUCCUCUCUGGGAUCCUCGGCACCAGAGAGGCAACGCUCAGCGCCAAAGAGGUCAAGACUAGACAAGACACACUGAAGGAGCUGAGAGCCGGAGUGUAUUUCGGUCAGGAGCAGUUCCAGCUGUUGCUCCAGGAGAGUCAGGGCAGCGAGGAUGGUUCUGGACCGGCAGAAGAUGUGGGUUUGGAGGAGCUUCGGUACCGUUGGAUGCUCUACAAGUCCAAGCUGAAGGAUGUGGGCGAGCUAAGGGCCAGGACCAGUGCCAAGAGAGUCGCAGGCAGACAGGAGGCACCGGCUGCAGCAGCAAAGGUACAGAAGAAGCCUGGAUUGCUGCAGCGGGUGUGUCGACUGGCUCUUCCUCUGUGGCUCCUCCUCCUGGCGCUGCUGCUCCUCGCCUUCCUGCUGCCUCUCAUGGACGAAGGCAACAGCUGCUCCCUCUCCAACAACUUUGCGCGGUCCUUCAACAUCAUGCUCCGUUACGAUGGACCGCCGCCCACAUAGGAAGCUUCUCCUGAGUGUUCUACAUGUAGCUCCGUGUGUCUCUGUGAUGGCCGUGGCUGAUGUAGGAGAUGUUGUGAUGCUACGAGUCCACAUUCCCCUGUAGCCGACCACAGACCAGGACACACGACUUCAGUUCAUCUACAGUUUAUGCAUUUAUGAACUCUGUGUUCCAGCAAAUCUUAUACUCCUUCUAGAAGCUGCCCAUACUGCUAUCUAUUAGCUUUGCUAGUCACGCUGCUCACAGACGUGUUCAGUGUCCUCGCUAUCAGAGUGGACCUCAGUCUGGAGGAGACCAUCACGUAGAGCACCGUGCACAUGUGCAAACUGCAGAAACCAACAUACAAUCAUAAUGUGUUCACCGUGUGUCACACAGCACAGUGCAAAGGAUCAACAGACACCAAAGCUUUUCUUAUGUUUUCCAAAUUCAGCCACGUGUGGCCAUAGAAGGCUGAAGGUCCCAGAACUGUGUUCAGAUGAACUUUGAGGGACUUUAUGAUCCCAGUAGACUCCAGGUUCUGAUGUGGCAACUUAUGCAACAUAUUAUUCGCUUUGGUUCUUCUUCCACUUUUAUUUUCUUGUAUUUGUUUCACAUUAUAACAAGUUUUUGUUUGUUUUUUAAGGAUCUAAGUAUGUGGCCGAUGCAUCGUCUGUUACAGAUGAAACGAUCACAGAUAUCAAGUUAUUUAGCUUUGACAACGAACUUUUGUGACUCUGCAAAGAAUUGUAUUUAAACUCUGACAUAUUAUCAAGAAUUCUCAUUAAAGCAAUAAAUACUCCUCAUUGAACCACA